AUGGCUAAAGGUAAAGGCAAAGGCAAAGGCAAAGGCAAAGAUAAAGGAAAGUCUGUCCCCAACCGGGAUAAUUAUGCAAGAAUAUCAUAUUUGUAUCAAAUUAGUAAUCAAUUUUACCUAGCCCAUCCAGAGUACCAAGCCUUAUCUAGAGGAUAUAACAGAAACUUGGAUCUAAUUGCCAAAAAAACUGUCAUAAAACUAUCACCACACAUAAAAAGGACAUUAUGCAAGAAAUGCAAUACUAUGCUUAUUCCUGGCUUGACUAUGUCAAUGUAUAUUGAGAAUUUAUCGAAACAAAAGUCACAGCAUAAUGAUGUAUUUGUUAACAAGUGUUUAAAUUGUGGGAAAUGCAAACGAUUCCCCGUUGGAAAAGAUAGAAACUACAUUUUAUUUACCGAUAAACAGAAUGAAAACAUACCAACCUAA